AUGACCAUGUCGUCCGAAGCUACUCCAAGUGCUAGCAAGCCCAGUAGUAAUAGUAAGACUAGCAAUAAGACUAAGAGAAAGCAGAAGAAGCAGAAGAGUGAACUGCCGCGAUGGGAGCAAGAGCAAGUCCAGUACUACGAACGUCUGUUGCAUGCCACGAAAAAGAGUUUGCGAAAACACACCAAGACGGUCAAAAACUUUGAAUGCCAAAAGGAGAUUCGGAAACUCAAAGACAACAAGAAAAAAGAGACUUCAUGCAGCUAUGAAUUGCUGAAACAGUUGGAUUUGGAAUGGGUCGUUCAAGAGUGUGUGCGACGAUUGGGCAUUUUGCAUUUGAAUCCCCAGCAGCCAUCACUACUAGUAGUAGAAGAACAAAAAGAAGAAGAAGACGCACCGCCAAUUCCACCCGAAGCCAUGGAUCUGGUGGAACGGUUGUUGAAACACAAACGACUGCAAUCAACACUAGAAGAAUGGAACGAAAAAGUGACCGAGUACCGACGAUGGUCGCUUCAAAAACAAGAACAACACGAUACUCACAAGUUUAGUACUACGACAACCAUGAGCAAGAAGAAAAAACAGAAACAGAAAAAGAAGGCAGCUGCAAAUCAAUCAGAGGAACUGCGAGAACCAACAUCCGUCGACACGAGUCUCUUUUGCACUUUGGGAGCUGCGCCUGCUGGUGAUGUUGAAGAGGAUGAUCAAGACAGUGAUGAUCCCUACCAAAAUCCAUAUGGUCCUGGAGGAACACUGGAACACCAGCAGCAACAACCAAAGAAGAAUCGCAAAGGUCAGAGAGCUCGAAGGGCCAAAGCCAUGGCAAUUGAGGCCAAACAAGCAGGAAGACUUCAUAGAGCCCAGGACUCGCUCAAUUGGAGAGCACCAAAACAGAAUCAAGACCACAACAACAACCACAACAAUAACGAUCCAAACAGUCACAACCAGAGCCAUCAUAGCAACAACAACAACCAAUGGGACAGUAGCAAGGUCGCGCCAAAUCACAACCACCACCAACAACAACAGCCAAAACAAAAGGAAGAACCACUACAUCCAUCUUGGGCAGCUGCCAAGAAAGAAACUAGCGGAAUUGUGCAGUUCAAAGGAACCAAAAUCACAUUCGACUAA